GCCACCAAAAGUCAUAUACAAAUUUAACUAACAUGGAGAACUUACAGAGAUUGUUAGGAGCUGCCGGUGGAUUUGGCCGUGCGCCCGUCGCUGCCUCUGAUGGACCCGCUAUAGACAAUGCUGAAACCGUCUACAUAUCGUCAUUGGCAUUGUUGAAGAUGUUGAAGCAUGGUAGAGCCGGUGUGCCAAUGGAAGUGAUGGGGUUGAUGUUGGGAGAAUUCGUCGACGAGUUCACUAUUCAAGUGAUUGAUGUGUUUGCCAUGCCCCAGUCUGGUACCGGUGUUUCUGUGGAAGCGGUUGACGAUGUUUUCCAAACCAAAAUGAUGGAUAUGUUGAGACAAACUGGACGGGACCAAAUGGUUGUUGGAUGGUAUCACUCACAUCCAGGGUUUGGGUGUUGGUUAUCAUCAGUGGAUGUGAACACCCAACAGUCAUUUGAACAAUUGAACAAAAGGGCCGUGGCUGUGGUGAUAGAUCCUAUUCAGUCGGUUAAGGGUAAAGUUGUUAUAGACGCAUUCAGAACUAUCGAUACCUCCACUUUAAUGAUGGGCCAGGAACCAAGACAGACCACUUCUAACGUCGGUCACUUGAAUAAGCCCUCGAUUCAGGCAUUAAUUCAUGGGUUGAACCGUCAUUAUUACUCAUUGAAUAUUGACUACCACAAAACUUCUUACGAAACAAAUAUGUUAUUGAACUUGCAUAAGAAUACUUGGCAAUCAGGUUUAAAAAUGAGCAACUUCGACCACCAAGACCACAAAAAUUUGGAAAAUACCGAAAAGAUGGUCAAAGUAGCAGAGUUGUAUAAUCAAAGAGUACAAGAAGAGAAGGAAUUGCUGGAAGAGCAAUUAAAAACUAGAUAUGUGGGUAAACAAGACCCCAAAAAGCACUUGAGUGAUACUGCAGAAAUUGCUAUCGAGGAGAAUGUCACGUCCUUGUUGACCAGUAACAUAAAUAGUUUAGCCAUUCAGUAGCUUCAAGAGUUAAUAAUCACAAGAUUUUAGAUGCUUCGCGUUUCAAAUUGAUCAGGGAUAAUUAAAUAUAGCAUUAUCACCACAAUAUUAAAUUUCGUAUCAUGGGACUUGGAAAAUUGAUUCACUAUUCAGCAGACUUGGUGUUGUUCUCCAUCAUUUUAGCUGGAAUUCACAGAAACACUGGCUUAGUGUUUGAUGCCUCCAACUUAUCAUCUGUUGAUUUCCGCAGAUGGUUUGCCAAGUAUUUGAACUUUGGAGAAACUUGUUACGAUAAACUUGUUUCGUUAUUGAAGAUGUCUGGCUACUUCAAGCAAAACAAUUUGAUAUCUGACUACUUGACAAGAGAGACAAAGAAAUUUGUCGAUGAGCAAGCCAAAAGAGAUUGAAACUUGGCAGUUGUGGUUCUUUUGUUCUUCCUAUAUAUAGUUUUUAAAUUCCUUGUAUCUAUUUAAUGUACCCUAUAAACAGUAA